AGCAACCUCUCUGAAGCUGAAGAGACAGUUCUCCAGAGACACUCUGAAGAUCUACAACUGAUUUCAAACAGAUCACUGCUGUCUGCUGUAGCUUUUCCUCGUUCCAGAAUACAUCGGUAAGAAACGUGAACAAUCCUAGGAAAGUAAACCAUGGCAUCCACUCAGAUCAUUAAGGCAAAAAAGUCUCUCACCACUGCAAGUAAGCUCCGUGAAGACACUCAAAUGAUCAUGCAGCCCUACGCCAACUGGGAAGAGCACUUGACUCCAGCUCCUCUGUCAAUUACUGUCCUGGGAGAGUUAAUAUUUAUAUCCUCCAAAGAUGAUUUCUCUAUCAACCAAAAUCCACCAAAGAAUGGAUUCCAGUUCAUCAAGUACCCCAAUUCAUUCAGAGCGUGUCUCAUGCAAGUGUGCAAUGCUGGAUGGUAUGCUUUUAAUGAAGCACACACCAGUAUGGACCAGAUUAGACUCCACACUGCAAACGUGCCACAAUAUGUCAGAACGGCUACUGAGGUUAUUCUCAAGAAUGAUGAAAGACUUUUUCAAGCUGUCCUGCCAGACACCUUAGCUAACAUUGACAACAUAGCCAGUGAAUGUAUGCGGCUGUCCAGCUGUACCAAGGACAGGUUUGAGAUGGUCAUUUCAUUGGUUCAUGAGAUCCUUGAAGCAAGUACGAGUGCAAAAGAAGUUUACACUGAAGAUCUCAAGAAUGUAACACAAAAGAUGGAAGAAAAUGAAGUCCGCAAGGAGUCAAAGAUGGAAACAGACAAAAGAACAGCAGAGGACUUAAAGAACUAUAAGUCUAAACUGGAUGCUGCUGAGAAGCUGUUCGACAAAGCAAUGAAGUCAAUGCCAAGCGGAUGGGACAUGAUUGGGAUGAAUCUGGUAGAGGGACUCGCAGAGAGUCUUACUACUCUAGUUUCUGGCGUAACCAAUUUAGUGACCUUCAACUUUGAUAAAAUGGUAGGCAAGGAAGGCAAAGGCAAAGGCUCAGCACAGAAACCAGGCACAGAAAAGGAGAAGAUGGAUUUAUACUUUGCAGUGAAGGAUGUGUAUGAACAGGCAGGCACCAUCCAGAAAUUGGCUGAGCAAUUGAAGGGUCUGACGGCAGAAAGCAAAAUUGAUUGGGUAGGCUUGUAUGACCAGAAAGAUAAAAAAGCAAAGAGUGAUUACACAAAAGGAAUGUUCGAGGAAGUGAAAAACAUCAUUACCUCAUUUAAAGGCUCAGAUGCAAAAACUACAGCACUAGAAAUCUGCGGAAAAGGCAUAUCCAUUUGCACAGAGAUGGCAAGUAUUGCCCCCGAAGGAGAAUGUGAAGCCUCAAAAGAACAACAGCUGAUCGAAGAAAUUGCAAAACUGCAUGAACAAGCUCAGACCUUCAACGCAAAAGGCAAACAAGUCACUAAGACAACACCUUUUUCCCAGACACCACCAGGGCUAGCCCAAGCACAAGGUAAGAAGUCAGCAGCAACGUUUGCUGCAGAAAAUGCAAGAGUCCAGAUAGAGGAGACCAGAAAAGCCUUGGACACUGCUAGACAAAUGUACAGCACAGCCGUGGAGAGAUUUGAGAAGAACAAAGAGGAGUUGACUGAAAUUUUGGUCACUCUGAAGAACUGUGAUGUCAAGAAGAUAGAUUUUAAGACAACCUUGGAGAUUCUAGCUCAGGGUCUUACUGCCCUGGGAAAAGUGAAGGAGCAGUGGGAGAAGAUGGUGCGUUUCUUUCAAAUAGUGUCAACCAUCAUUAAAGCCUCCAUGAAUACUGCCAUGAAAUCGUUCACAGGAGCAGCCAAACAGGCCUCUGAGUACUCUAACAGCGCCUUCCUGAAGGACAUGGUCUACAGCCAAGCAUUCCAAGUCUCCAACGUUGCCAGUCUGGUGAACAUGAUUUCAAGCACAUACACUGAAGUGUCUGAGAAGUACAUCAUGGAUAGGGUCAGCAGCCUAGGAAGACUCAUGGCCCUGGAUCAGAACAGUCCAGAGUUUGACGUGGAGCGUAAACAAUUACAAGACGGUUGUGUGGAAGCCCAGCGUGGUAUACUAGCCCUGGUCCAGAAGAACAAGACUGACUUCAACCUGAAGACAGAGGAACGUAUGGUCCACCUUGACGAGCUGCGGGCUCUGUUACCCCCACCUACAAAAGAGGAAGAGGAGAAAGUCAAGCGGAUCGUCGACUCGCCUCCUGAGGAGGUCGACCAGUUUGCCUAAAAAUUCACUUCUGAGGGAGAAAGAAGACAAAGUCUUUCGCAAGGCGCCCUGAUGACAUUUCUAUUCUAUUUCUAUAAAUCUGUAAUGUUUUUCUUUUCUGUGCAAGAAUGCUAGCUUUUUUAUCCUCAUUUUCUCAAACGUGUAUACUAGAGACAACUCGAGGCAGAGUUGAAGGUGAAAGAGUCUGUAGUGAACUAGACAUAUGUAAUUCCAAAAUGGGGGAAAUCCUCUAAUUGAUGGAUGAGGGAAAAAAAACCUGUAUCAAUUGAGUGAUCAGGACUCAACCCAGCUGUGAUACUGGAACCUUAAAGUUUGUGAAAAUCAUCAGCUCUUUGCUUGACAACCAAAGAGAAAUAAAAUAGGAGAACUAACCCUGUUAUUUACCAAAGAAGAACUUGUCCAGCUUUAAGUUUUUUGACGCAUGGAGUUGAAAAUGUACCUGAUUUUUAAAUAACUGCUCAUUGUUAUAUUCAUUACAUUCAUCUCAAUUUAAUUAAUCCAUUGUUUUCUGUUGUAUUUCAAUGUCUGUUUGUGUGCUUGUCAGGGUUCCUUUUUAUCCUUUUUGAAGCUUUUUGAAGAAUGGUUACAUUGUCAAACUUUGACAGCAAAAAUAAAUGUGCCAUUAUAUAA